UAGAGGCAGUAUAUAAACCUUUUCUAUUAUUCAAUUGUCUUUAGUUCUUUGUGGACAUCAUCCAUGGGCUUUUCUUGGCAAAAAUGAUCCAUUAUAUCCUUCUUUUACAGAAGAUGAACUGAGGCAAAUAAGGGUUAAAUGAUUUGUCCAGGAUCGAACAGUUGGGAGGGUCACAUUAGAACUCAGAUCUUCCUGAUAUUGCAUCUUCCUUGGCAUUCUUUCCACGGCACCUUACAGCUACCUCUACAGAACCUUAUUUGUAGCUGCCCUUACAUCCUUAAAGUGAUAGAACAAAGUGAAUUAUUAUCAACCUCAUCAUCAAACAUUAUAAUUAUUAUCUCUACCAGAGGCAGAAAGUCAUCAUGGAUGGAGAGCCAGGAAGCAUCCAGCCUCUGUCACAUUCUAGCGAGUUCUCCCCAGGUGGCAACUAUCUAAGUCUUUAAGUUGCAGAAAAGGAUCCAGAUUGAAUUUUCUCAAUAAGGACUUUUUCCAAACCAACAAAAGGUCUACCCCUUAUUUCUACUAUAGCAGUAUUGAUUCUAAGACAGAAGGUAAGGAUUAAAAAAAAGAGGCUGCUCUAAUAACAAUAAUGAUAACAUAAUAACAAUAAUAAUAUCAUAAUAACCAUAACACUAGCAACAAUAACAGUGGUAACAUGGAUACAGUGCUUUAAGGUUUGUAGAUCCUUUUACAAUUACAAUUUCAUUCCAUCCUCCAGGUAAUUGGGUGCUGUUAUUAUGCCCAUUUCAUAGAUGGGGAAACAGAGGAGGGCAUGGGUGAAAUGUCUUUGCCCGAACAACUGGGAAAGUGUGCCCUAGGCUAGAUUUGAAUUCUAGUCUUUCUAGACAGCUGGCUGGUUCUGUCUCUGUAUCACAGAAACAAAAGUGGGUGAUUAUUUACAGAUCAUCUCUCCUGGGUCAUAGAGGAUCCAAGUCAAAGAAAUCGAGGCUGGCCGUGGUUUAGUGGCUGAAUCAGAAUUCGAACACAGGACUUUGGAAUAGCGGUUCAGGGGGCCAUCUAUCUUGCUUAUAAAGCUAAACGCACUUUGCAACCCUCAAAGCACAAGGCUGACGUCGGUGUUAUUGUACAGGCGUAGGGCGGAAGGGGCUCUCCAGUUACAUCAUCAUUACCAUCCUCUGGCUCAAGAAAAGGAAAGUCCCGCCUACUUCCUGGCUCCUCCAGUCGGGAGGCCGCGCAGGGUCAGCUUCUGAUACUCGAAAUGUUCCUCCCUUUGCAGCCAAUAGAAUGACCCGUCCCUCCUCUGAUUUUUGACUCAUUUGGUUUCGUCCGUCCUCGGCCUCUGGCUGACUCUAAACCAUACCUCUCUCCGCCCAAGAUGGGGGAAGACGCUCCAAUAGGUUCUAAAUUCACGAGGUUCAUGCUGCUAUAUAGUCGGUCUCCGCAAAAACCGCCCCGUCUUCCAAAGGGAUAUCCCCCUCUCGAAGUGUUGCUUGCUGUCUGGAGCCCUGCACCAGGAGCGGUGGCUCCUAGCCACAUGGCUUAUCACCCCCAGACACUUGGUAUAGUCCCAACUCCGCCUCGCCUCCCGCCCCCCGCCUCCCCAUGCAGGUCCCAAGAUGGCGGCGCUCUUGCACGGUGGCCGCUCUGUCCUGCGGGUGGCCGUCUCUGGGAUCCCAGAGCUGCUGUCCGCUUGUCGUGGCGUCCACACCACUGCGAUUUGCUGCAAGGUUCGGAGAAUCGAGCGGCCCGGGUCCGAGUGGGUAAGGGGGACAAGCCGGUGACCUACGAACAAGCCCACCCUCCGCAUUACAUCGCUCAUCGCAAGGGCUGGCUGUCUUUGCACACAAGUAACUUGGAUGGAGAGGAGGGGGCGUCAGACAGGACGGUGGAGGAUGUCUUCAUCCGAAAGUUUCUGUACGGUACUUUCCCAGGCUGCCUGGCCGACCAGGUGGUCCUGAAGCGGCGGGCCAAUGAACUGAUCAUCUGUGCUCUGAUGCUGCAGCGCCUGCCCCCCAUCAAGAUAUACUUCCUGGUGGGCUACAGUGAGGCGCUGCUGUCAGCCUUCUAUAAGUGCCCGGUGCGUCUCUACCUUCAGACGGUGCCCACAAAAAAUGUCUACAAGUACAUUUAGGGCGCCUCACCCAUGCACCCCUGGACAGGGAGUGCCCCCAGCCUCAGGACUGCCUGGGGACUUUUGUCAUUGCUGCCACCAUGACUCCCCCUGGGGCCUAUGCUGCAGAUGCUUAAGAGGAACAGUAGAGGUUCGUGAUCUGUUACUGUGAUUUCCUGUUAAAUUAAUGUUUAUAAUAAAGCUUGAUUUCUGGUAUGUUUCGGUUCAAGGAGGCAAACUUAGCUCUUCUAUGGGAGCAUGAAUGAAUGAAUCGAGGACUUAGUAUGUUCUAAGCACUAUGAUUCAGAGAGAAAAUUGAGACAGCCACUGCUUUGAUGGAAGAUGGGGCAGGAUGGUCUGUGGUCCAGUGGGGGUGCUGGUGACUCAGAUGGCAAUGCCUGGUGGGGGGAAAUGCAAAGAGAAGGGGCAAAUGGUAAGAGUCUGGCACUGGAGUGCUUUGUCCCCUAGGGCUGAGGAUUGGCCGUGAACAAUGGUUAACAUAACAAUUCUAAGGCUAAUGGGCUUUAGGUGAUAACCCUUUGAAGCCUCCAUCAGUAGCAAGCUGGGCUUUAUCUCCUAUAUUUAAAAUUGGAAGAGAUCUUUCAAAUGCUGAGCCCAGAUCUAACCCAGUUCCUCAUUUCCCCCAAAUUACUAGCAUUCUUUACAUUUAAAGCACUCCCUCUCUUUGUCUGCCCAGUCUAGUUGCUUUGUCCCAUAUCUGGACAGGCUGGGGGGGUAAGUGAAGGUGGGCGGGGGGAGGGCAUGAUUCCUUUCUGUGUCCCACUUACCAAAUCAGAGAGAGACCUUUCCUUUAAACUGUCCUUGAUAGAGAAUUGUGGGAAAUUAAGGGAGAUGGCAUUUACUUCCCAACAGGAUGGAAGUCACUUCUACUUGGAUCCUGAGUGUGGUCAUUUCCUCUGUAGCCCAGUGGAAAGAGCACUCUUUGGAGUCAGGGGCUGAAUUUAAACCUGGCUUUACCACUUAACUUCCUGUGUGUCCUUGGACAUAUCGGUUCCCUUCUCUGGGUCAGUUUUCCUAUCCACAAGGUGAGGGAGUUGUUUAGAUGACCUUAUAGAUCCUUUUCAGCUCUCAAUUUAUGACAGCAAUCUUGAAAAAGAACUGAUCAUCUGUGAAAAAGGGAUGAUAAUAAUGCUCAGGUUACCUGCUUCUUAGAGUGAUUAUCAAUUUUAAAUAUCUUUUAAUAAACAUGAUUAAUAUCCUUUGCCCAGGAA